CAGGCCCGCCAGACACGAGAGGCCGACGCGCUCAGGGAAAAGCUGCAGACCAAGUCCGGUGAAGCUGACAUCCUUCGAAGACGCCAUGACAUCGAUGCCAAACGAUACGAGCGCCAGCUGGCCGACCAGCAACAUGCCCAUGGCACAGAGCUGGCCAGGCUACGCGCAGAGAUGGACAGUCUGCGCCGCGAGGCAGAGUCGGCCCAGACAGACACCAUGUUCCACCAGUAUGAGGCGCGCGAGGCUGGCAUCCCACGAAGAACAGCACGGAUUGUGCCCUCAAAACCAACGCCAACCCUGCCAUCCGCCAGUCCCGCAGGCACGCCUAGGGGAGCACACACGGCAAGAGGCCCGCUAGCCGACGGCUUCGACGAUGACGACGUCGUCAUGGCAUCGCCAUCCAGACAUCGCGACAGACCAAAGACUGCUACUCCCAAGGCCGGGAAGCGCAAGCGGCAUGUCACUGACCAAAGUCCCCUACCACUGCCCGCCCUACAGCUGAGCGGGCCGCGUAGUCGACCCAAGGAGCGGGAACCGCCGCUAGCAGCCCAAGCCAAGAUAGAUACGGCACUGCUCCAGCACUUCAGACACGACGACCGUCGAUUCGCCCUAUUGCACCGCCUGCUUUCCUAUCCAUCCUCCAUUGACACAGACCGCGUACUUGAGGCACUGACCAAGUAUGCCUUUCCCUCCACCCCCACUAAGAAAUUGUCGUCGAUAGUGUACGAUGCGCUAGCAAACAUGACUAUCGAUCAUGUCCAUGACUUGGCCUUGCACCUGUGCCAUGUCUUUCUCGACCUCUGGAAAAGAUGUCAAACCGAAAAGUACUACGAGCCUACUCCGUUGAUCCUCGAUGCGCUACAUUUUAUCCUCGCAUGCGAGCCAGUCGAGACUGCUGUAGAGAUUGCCCAACGCAUUGUCCCACUCAUCAUUGCUUCUGUUGAUCUUGUGGCUGACCCCAUAUCCAAAGCAGCCAGAGGGGGUGAUAAGGCAAUCGCAGAUCUGUACUCACCAAAACAGCGCCAAAUUGCUGCCUACAUUAACGUGGAAGACUGUCUCGAGCUGCUCUACUUAGUAGCAACUAGCUGUCUAUCCUCAUCAGAUACCGGAGCCAUCGUCGGCCUGUGGCAAGCAAUACCCUCUAGUUUUACGUUAAUGCUCCUAGUCAAAGAGCAGCCUGUGGCGCAAAUGACUCUCAUGUUACGCAUAUUGGGCACAUCUGCUCUCACCACCUCAGUUGGACCUAUUAAUACGGCAGAUCCCGCUGCAGAUAACCAAGCAAGCAAUGAAGACGCUCUAAUCAAUCGUCUCACCAACCUUUUCACCGAGACACCUAAGCCUGUGCCGGAUCCUUCCGCAUCACCUACAAACACCGUACCAGUGUCCGAGGCCGAGCUAUGGGACCUGCGCCUCCUUGUCCUCUCAGUGCUCACGCAAUUUUCCAUAUUUGAAUAUGGGUCCUGUCGCUUAGCACAAAACCGACUGUGUACUGGCCGGCUCAUCAAAUAUCUCGACCAUUGCAUAACAAGCCUCUACCGUCACCCAGUUGCACCCACCCAAGACUACAAGGUGAACUCCAUCAACGCAACCAUGAAGCUCAUCCACCACAUAGCCACAUCAAAUCCCAAAUUCGACAUCAAAACCAAGCUGGUCAACACACUGGGCGGGCAGCAUGCCUAUCUUGUUGCCCUGACACGACUAGCCUUCAGUGAAGGCUUGGUCUUGGAGUCUGGCAUCGAAGACGAGGUUGUCAACAUGGCGCAUGACAUCUUGGAUGAAGGGUUGAGCAUGGAAGAAGGCGACGCCUUUGGCAAAGUAUUCAGCAGUGGGAGUACGGCAUGA